AUGGAAGAAGAGCAAGUAGAGCAACAUGAGGCUACAGAUGGAAUCAUUUUAACAGAUUGGGGAUGGAAUGAUAGAUGUGCCCCAGGGGAGACCGGACAUGAGAAUUGUGAGAGAGUGGUUUUGGGCGAUCUCCUACCUCGUAGGCCGGUGAGGAUUCGAGAGAAAAUUAGACUGCAGCCCAUGGACAACAUUGUCAACACUCAACAACCGUUUGCAGUGACAACUCUGCUUCUGUUGGCAAUAUUCCAGUCUGUGUGCCGAUCGGAUCUCCGAAGUUUGGUGUUGGUAUUCCUUCGGGAUGCUAACUCGGAGUGGAGGAAUGUUCUGAUGUUGUGGAGACAUUUCGCCAACGAACACUUUAGAUGGUCGAGAAGAAAUCCACCUCUUAUGAAGGAAGAAGACUGGACCCAUGUGGUUUCUGUAAGAAGGAAGUGUAAGGUAGCAGAAGCAGCUUUGGGACAACAUCUAGUUCGACCGGCCCAUCUACCAGAAUUCAGAAACUUCGAUUGGCAAUAUAUUGACUACACCGCCUCGGCGGAAGUCCGACGGACAACUGAAGAAUUCUGCAGCAGGCAUCAUCGCUUUCUCCAGACAGCGAUCAACAUCCAACGCCACGAGCUCUUCUACGGUCGUCAGCCAGCAUUACGAGCCACUGCAAACAUCAUGAUAAUGGGUGACUCGUUUAACGAACAAUUGAAGCGUAAGGGAUUAUUUGUGGAUGGUAUGGCAGCAAAUUUUGGGGCCCAUGAUUGGGGGGUCAUACAAAUAGGGACAGAGGUGCAACAGAUAAUAACAACAACAGGGAAGGGAUAUAUAAUGCUGAAUAACAACUUGACGGAUGAAGAAUUCAGGAAGAAAAGUAUCGACGACACAGCACACCUGUUGACCAAUUUUGAAUAUAGAAGUCGUGGAGUAUUGGUCACUCUGCCACCAUACGUACAUUCCCAUCCCACAAAAUGGGGAAUUUUGAAAAAUGUUUUCGUUGUUACGGCUCGCCGAUUCAACUUCGGGAUGUUGGAACCGCGCUUCAGUCAGAACAACGCCUACCCAUUGUUCGUAAAUGAAGUUGGAGAACCCACAGCAAAAGGUAUUCUGGACUACAUCGGAACGUUAAGGGCAGCAAUACCGGGCUUUCCAUUAAAAGAAGAAGAAUUGGGCCCAAUUGCAGCACAGGACGACCAGCCUCCAACGCCGUUCAGACUUCCAACUCCGCCUCCUCCACCUCCUGCACCACCAGUGGAACGACCAACAACAAAGAAAAGGUCACGACUCGAUGUUCCUCCGGAAGUCGAGAAAGAGGUUGGAUUAUCUUCACAUUCUUAUAGAUCAUUUAAGAGAAAUAAUAAUACUAACACUAAACGCUCUUUAAUUUUUCAGAACAGGAACUUGGGUGGUGCUAAUGGCAGUGGAAUUGUUGGACCGUCAAAGUCGCUGGGGCCAAAUAGAGAACGAACAAUGGCAGGCAGUGCGGGACCGUCGACUACAAAUGACACGGGAAGAGUAAGAGUUUUCGAGAAAAUCGUGAAUAACCGUUCGCUUUCCCUCCAGGACCGAACAAUGGCUGGCAGAUGGGGACCGUCUACUCCUCCGAACGUGGGAAGAGUAAGGGUUUUUGAGGAAAGUUUAAAUGACCGUUCGUGUUCUUUUCAGGAUCGAACUUCAAAGGAGAAUCGGGGACCACAGGCUUUCCAGAACGUGAAUAGAGACGGAACAUGGGACAUCGAUUUUAUGGAACAGUCCACCUCUCAACCAGUAGACCGAGUAAGAGUUUUUAAGAGAAAAUUAAGUGAAAAUGACCGCUCGUUUAACUUUCAGAACCGACCUCCUCAACAGAAUUGGGAUGAGAAUAUGGCUGAGACUUCAACUAAUGCUUUUGGCGAAUGUUGGCGUGACUCCGUCACCCAACGUGGUAAUCCAGAAUUAAUCCCAAAAUAUAUUUCAGCCGCAAUUAUAGGGAAUCAAGUCGACAAAUUGUCUCAACAAAUUGAAGACUACUAUGAGUUCCAUCAACAGAUCGAUGAAGAGACAGAGAGAAAACAACGAGUGUUUAAGAUCAUCAAGGAUGCAAUAAAGGAAAGAAAGGUAUGGUAUCCGGAACUAACUACUGCUUCUGUUACUGGUUCUUCAUCGACUCAGUUGGCUGCAUUUGAAUCCGACCUCGACCUGACCUUUGCAACAACGAAACCUCUAUCUGUAGAGAAAAAGUUGGAGAUUCUUCGUGGUCUCCAACAUGUCUUUGGCAGGAGAGAAUUCGACUUCUACAACAUCGAUGUUAUUCCGAGUAAUAGAGUGCCUGUACUCGAAAUGAAAUAUAUGGAAAAGGGACGACGAAGGCCAACUCUGAACAUCGACAUCACAGUAGGCAACGACAACGCCUCCACACACACCACGCUUAUUAAUAACUGGACCGCCAAUGAUCCACGUUUCAUUCCUCUUGCAUUCUUUAGCAAGGCUUGGGUCAAACACAUCGGAGCGAAUAACAGUAGAAACGAAGGUUUCAAUUCAAUCUCGAUAACAUUCCUUCUUGGAUAUUAUCUUAUGAAAGAAGAAGUGCUACCCAAAGAAGCUAAUUCAAACUUCGUAUCCAAAAACAACAAUUCCCUUGGGCAACUCUUCGUAGGCUUCCUCCAAUUCCUCCACCAGUUCGACUUCCAAACCACGGCAAUUAGUAUUCUUCAUGGUGUGGCCUUCCCUAAGAAGCUCACUGGAAACAAUAACAGAUAUGAAGUUGUGAUUCUAGACCCUUCAUCAGUUGGACCUAUAGAAUAUGCCUCCAAUACAGCAAGAUGUGUACGAUCUGGUGGCUUAACGAAAUUAUCUAUGGCUUUGGGAAAACUACAACGACUCCAGGAGGAUGAAAUCAACUUUGAGAGUCUAUUCCAGGUACCUUUGCGCCCACGGAGAAUUAAAAGAGUUUGGAGCAGGGUCACAACUAGCGCUUUAUUAACUGUGGUUUCCCUUCUGGGAUUCCUCUCGGUGACCUACGCGGAACCUCUUGGAAAGGAACAAAACGAAAAUGGUGUGGAUAUCAUAGGCCUCAUAGGAAUGAUUCUGGUGGUGGGAAAAUUAUUUGGCUUCAAGGCAUUAAAAUCUCUGAUAUUUCUGUUCCCACACUUUGUUGGGGGAACUUCCCUUGCAGAUAUACCUGGGCGAGCUUUGUUGUGCAGCAAAAUAAAGUCAUACUGGAGAGUACCCACGGUAUCCUGUGCGGACAUAAAGAAUACUUCCCCUGGGAAAAAUGUCACACUGGACAUCUUCGACAAGGUCAGGUUACCUUACCGUGUGUCCGGAAGCUAUGCUUGCCGGAAAUUUAGGGAUACUGUAGAAUUGUACCAAAAUAUGUUGGGGGACAAAUUUCCCGAAGAGCGUAGGGAAUAUUUACCCAUAAGUUCCGAGGAGUGUAGGAGAAUGAGAAAAAAGAAGGAGUGUCAAGUCGGAAAGUUAAUAGGUAAUGGUAGAGUCCUCCGAACAUUGAACGUUAUUAAGGCAGAAUACCCCGGUAAAUGGAGCUCAUGGUGGAAUGGACCCAGAAAUUAUACGACCGAAAAUUGUGAACUAGUCAGUACCGAUUUGUUUCGAAUGGGUACAAAGUCGAUGUCAUCUCCGAUACUCGACGUUCAGCAUUGCAACUACGAAGAUGGGUUUUGCAACUUGAAUGACUCUUUACUCGUGUGGCAAGUCGAAUGUCGCACACCAGGUUGCGAACCUUGUUCCUAUAAGUAUGGCUGGUCUUGGUUUGGUAAAGCGUGGAAGAAUGAAUUUCUUGAAGAGUCAGGAGAAAAUUCCCUCACAUGGUCCUGA